CAGAUGCCACCACUUCGAACCAAGACAUGCAGCAAUUGCUUUGCCGCGUAGAAGGAGAAAAUAGCUUUUAUUGUCCGUUCAUGCUUGAUAGCUCCGACUCUUCGUCGGAAAUCGCUCAUCCUCUCCAAAUAGUCGCAAUUCUUGCAAGCCCAGCACCGGUACGUUUCGGCGUUUCGCACGUGAUGUUAAGACGAAGAACCGUCCAGUGUGUGGGUGGCCGCAUCCGGGAAAAUGUUUGAAUUUGAAGGAUUCGAGAAAAGGUAACCGUCGGACGAAGAUGAAGUCAUACAUUCUCCUGGUCACCCUACUCAUUAUAAUUUUUUGCCACUGGAGCGCCGCCUCCACCACCGGAAUCAAUCCAAGACAGACGUCCGCAAUAACCGAGCUCGUGGGGGGAAGACUAAGAAACCUCUGGACAUGGAUUUGGAGCAAAAAGGGAACCGAAAACAAUUUCGUAGAUCGAUGCUUCGGAGUGGCUCGCAGGCUCAAGUUCGCGAUGCCGGUGAUUCUUUUCAAGCUGGGUGUGAUCGUUACCAUUCUGGUAUUCCUGACGAUAUUCUCUCUAAAAAGUUUGGGGCUUUUGGUGAUGCUGGUGAUGUUCAAUUCCACUGGGUUGGCUGCGAAGUUGGCGCUCACGAAGGGUGGUGGGCAUAAGCAGUGGGAGCGGCCACAGAAUGUGCAUUUUCAUGUACACUCGAAGGAUUUCGUGAAGGAUGGACAUUUUCAGUCGGAUUAUGAGCAUGGGUGGGACGACAGGAACGGGGUGGAGGAUGGGGAAUAUGACAGUCUGGACGAUCGGCUGAAGAGGUUGAAUAUUUAUGAGGGCUACUACAAGAAGUACUGAUGUGAAUAUUGUUGUCUAUUUUUGUGUAGUAAUUUAUUGAUUUAGAUGUUAAGGAUUUUUGUAGAUAUUAUACUUUAGUAGCAAAGAAACCCUCUUUUAUUUAAAUUUUUU